AUGGAAGACAUCCAGCCCACCGCCACCGCCAUAUCCUCCCCGCUAUUCCGCCUACCAGGAGAGCUCAGAAACGUAAUCUACGAACAGGUCCUAGAAGAAGACAGCCACUUCUGCAUUCACGACAUGCUGCACGAAUGCUACAUCCGCUCGCAGCUCAAAGUCCCGCCUCUUCUGCACGUCUGCCACCAAAUCCGCAAGGAGACGGCGAGUAUCUGGUUCUCGGAAACCAUCUUUCAGUAUCACAACCUACCUCAGCUCGAGCGCUGGCUGAAAGCGCUGCUACCUCCUCAUCGUGAUCUCAUCCGGACUAUUCGGAAAUGGCAUCCUCUUUUCUCUUUGAUAGGCUUGGAGCGUGAGAUGCUCGACGCUCGGGAGAUGUUCGCGAAGCUGGGAAUGGUGAAUGCGGCUCAAGUGAUGGUGGUUGGGUGUAUGAGGGAUGAGAAUGGAGUUGUGAGAUCUAGUCAGUCCGCGAGGUGGUUUCGUGGGCCGGGUCAGAUCAUGAGCGAAGGGCCUGUGGAAUGCGCCUUGUCGAGUGUGAAGGCUUUGGCGUGA